CAGAACUGGAGGAAACUCAGGAGCACAUUUGGAUUCUGAUUCUCGUCUAUUUUCUUACUUAUAUUGACUCGGUUACUGUGUUGAACACGUCUGUCUGUUCAGAUUCAUCCAGUUUACUGUGGUUUAACGGUCAAGUCUUUGUCUCCGGCAUGUUGUCAGUUAUUAUCGCUUUACUGGUGAAUCUCCUCAUAGAGAUUUCUGUGUCGUUCACUGUAGUGGUUCCUGGUGAUCCUGUAGUGGCUCAUGUGGGAUCCACAGUGAUUCUGCCCUGCUGGAUCAAUCCUCCUGAGAACGCUGAAGAUCUGGAGAUCCGCUGGUACCGUAAGGAUCAGUUCGACAAUCCUGUUCUCCACUAUAAUCAUGGAAAGAUCCAGGACAUCCAGGAGGAAUCGUACAGGAACCGCAGCUCACUGAUGCCGUGGUCAGAUCAGUCUGGUGGACUGAAGGAUGGAGACGUCUCUCUACGGCUGGAGAAACUCACACUUCAGGAUGAAGGUUCAUUUCACUGUUAUGUGAGUGGAGACACGUCAUACGACGGCCGAGAAGUGGCUCUCAAAAUCACGGAUCCAUCAGAUUCAUCAGGCCCAUGGAAGGCUCUUUUCUUCACCAUCCUCAUCUGUGCUCUUCUGGGUUUGGUUGGGCUGAUCCUCUACAAAUACAGAAACAAACUGACAGGGAAGAAACCAGCUAAACAAAUUUGUGAGGAGAAACUGACAAAAGAAGUUGUGGGAGACGUAAAUAUUGAAGAACUGAGGAAACAUGCAGAUGAGAUCACUAUUGACCGUCAGUUUGUAUCUCUGGAUUUGACAGUUUCUGAGGACCGUAAAACAAUGAGUGUCGGUGAUAAAUGUAAUCACCCUGGAGAGGGAUUUCCAUAUCAAUUACGUGCAUUUGGAGCCCAAAGAUUUUCCUCUGGUCAUCACUACUGGGAGGUAGAGCUGCCCGUUUCACCUAAUCCUUCUGAGACCUACUGGUUAAUUGGUGUGGUGAAAGAAGGACAUUUUCAGAUAAAUAACAGAUCUGCUUUAACUCCAUCAAGUGGUUACUGGUUCCUGUGUUCAGACGGUCCUAAUGGCUUUUACACCAACACUGAACCAAAAGUUAAACUCCCACUGACACCAAGACCUGAACGACUGGGAGUUCUGUUAGAGUAUGUUAAGGGUCAGCUGUCAUUUUACAACAUUAAAGAGAGUAAACAUCUCCUGACCAUCAGCACCACAUUCUAUGGUUCAGUAGUUCCACUGUUCAAUCUUGGUGCUAGUGAUCAGACUUCACUGAAAAUCCUGGAUUGCCCAAAUCCUGUACCUGAGUCCAGUCAGCCUUUGAUUCUGAACCAGACAAGUGCAGCAUGAUGUAACUAGGGGUGUGCGAUAUGCCUUUUUUUGAUCGUGGACGAUAAAAAUGUCUCCACAAUCUGCUUUUGAAGAAAAAUCGUUGUAUUGUGUUGUUCUAUCAGCUGCAGUUCUGUCUCAAAAUACUGUACAACAUCAUUAGUAUUAACUCGGUGGUAGAGUUACACUCUCAGGACACUGAACUUCAAUUCACAAUCACUGAAGUACAUUAUUUGCUUUUUAGUCUUGCCGAUUAAACAUUUCAUGUGUGCUGUUCUGACACACACUUUUCCAGUGCUUGUACACCUGAAGUGUGUGCACGCUAAAAUCCUGUCAAAGAGGACCUAAUUACUAAACAAAGUUAUGUAUCAUGUCUAAAUGCGCUAAUAGUGUCAAAACACACAAGGCUUACAUAUAAAAACAUUUUGCUUAAAGUUAUGUCUAAAGUGAAAGUAAACAAUUGAGAAAAAAAUGGAUGUGUGCCUAUAUAUUAGAUGUGUGUAGCUUUUAAAGGGACAGCAGAUUGUACUCAUUGUAUCGCUGUUGUAUUCAGCGAUAGUUCACCUGAUAAUUAUAAUUCUGUCAUUGUUAUAAUUCUGUCAUUUCUUUCUUGUGCUAAACACAAAAUAAGAUAUUUUGAACAAUGUGAGUAACCAAACAGUAGCUGGUCCCCACUGAAUUUUAUAACAGAAAUUAUCAAAUAGAUCAUGUUCAACAGAAAAAAGAAACUCAUUCAGGUUUAAAGAGCCCCUGCGUUUUCAAAUAUGUCCUUUCAUGUAGUGUUUCAUGAAGCUGUAUGUGAACAUAAACUAUCUGCAAAGUUGUGAAGCCAUCAGUGCACAAUAAAUAAAGUUAUUGUCUAUCAAAAAAAGAGUUGACUCACAUUUGCCUAAACGAGUCGUCAGGAUUUCAAAUCUUUUUUUG